UUAUUUCGAAGCCGAUUUGAACUGCCAAGCCGAACUCCUGUUUUCCUGCAAGAUGAAAGACAGCCAUGAAUGAGCCACCAGACAGUUUUGCAAAUGCCUCUGACUUCCCCGAUUAUGCAGCGCCGUUCGGAAAUUGCACUGAUGAAAAAAUCCCACUCAAGAGGCAUUACCUCCCUGUUAUUUAUAGCAUCAUCUUCCUGGUGGGCUUUCCAGGGAAUGCAGUAGCAAUUUCCACUUACAUUUUCAAAAUGCGGCCCUGGAAAGGCAGCACUGUCAUCAUGCUGAACCUGGCUUGCACAGACCUGCUCUAUCUGACCAGCUUCCCUUUCCUGAUUCACUACUACGCCAGCGAUGAAAACUGGAUCUUUGGGGCUUUCAUGUGCAAGUUUAUCCGCUUUGGAUUCCAUUUCAAUCUGUACAGCAGCAUCCUCUUCCUCACCUGCUUUAGCAUCUUCCGGUACUUUGUGAUCAUUCACCCCCUGAGCUGCUUUUCCAUUCACAAAACUCGAUGGGCCGUGGUGGCCUGCGCUGUGGUGUGGAUCGUUUCACUGGUGGCCGUUGUUCCUAUGACCUUCCUGAUCACCUCAACCACCGGGACCAACAGAUCUACCUGCCUUGACCUCACCAGUUCGGAUGACCUCGCCACCAUCAAAUGGUACAAUCUAAUUUUGACGGCCACUACUUUCUGCCUUCCCCUGGUGAUAGUGACACUUUGCUAUACGACGAUCAUCUACACCCUAACCCAAGGACCUCACAAUCACAGCUGCCUGAAGCAGAAAGCUAGAAGGCUAACCAUCCUGCUACUCCUCGUGUUUUAUAUAUGUUUUUUACCCUUCCACAUCUUGAGGGUCAUCCGGAUCGAAUCUCGCCUGCUUUCAAUCAGCUGCUCUGUUGAGAACCAGAUCCAUGAAGCUUACAUCGUUUCUAGACCCUUGGCUGCCCUGAACACCUUUGGUAACCUACUACUGUACGUGGUGGUCAGUGACAACUUUCAGCAGGCCAUCUGCUCCAUGGUGAGAUGCAACGCAAGUGCGGACCUAGAGCAAGCAAAAAAAAUCAGUUACUCAAACAACCCUUGACAUACUUCAGCUAGUCAACCAAGAAGAGCCUGCUCAGACUUGAACUUCUAAGAAGUCCAGAAUAGCUCCCUCAGUGGUUCUCAGUAAAUAUUGUAUGUUCAGGUAAUUACGUGCCAAAGCCAGGACAGGGCCACCAGGAAUUCUGUGCAACCCAUUUAUUGAGAUCUUCCCUAGGGUCGACGUAAGAAUGGGAUACACACCUAUCAGUAGAGGAUUCACGUGUGGGAUUGAAACUAUUGGAACUCAGGGACAUCUUGAAAAAUCUAGGAUAUCUAGUUUCACCAACUUACUCUGUAUAAAUAAAACUACGAGUCUCAGUAGUUUUAUAAAAUCGAAAGUUCACCCACUUGCCCCAGUUAAGUUAGGUGCCAAGACUGAAGAAAGACACUCUUCUCACACUUGGUUUCAUGCUCCUUCAUACUCGGGCCUGUCCGUAUUGAACCCUUAGACUAUGCAAGGCAUUAUUUGUCUCUUUCUCAGCAUUCUCUUUAUUUUCAUUUCAUGUCCUUAAGACUUUUUUUCUUCAAACUUUGCUUUGAGAUCAUUAAACUGUGUUUCUCACUAGGCUUUCAUCAGUUUAGAUUCAAGCCAACUGAUACAAUAUGCUUGAGACAAUUCAAAGAUGUCUAUGCAGAUGAAUGACUUACAUGCCCGUAAGAUAUUGGAGGCAUUAUGUCUUUAUUGGUGUAGAUAUUUUUAGAAGUUGUUACUGAAUUGAGAAAAAUUAUCAAGUUGUAUUAGUAAUUACCAACACAUCCCUGGAAAGGGAGGAGGGGCCUCUUUUGGGGGAACAGAAGUACUUUGAAAUGUCAUGUAUAUAUUGGGUAUUAAGUAAAAUCUAAGUGUUUUGAUUUCUGUGGAAAAUUAUCCCAGGAAACACCAAUUCUCUUUAGAUACCUUUCUCUUUUGUGACUCUCUUGAAAAUAUGUUAUCUAUUUAUUGUAACAGCUAAGGCUGUUUUUGAGUUAUGUGUGUGCUUAAUUAUCACUAAGUAUAAAUA